AUGCAAUCGAACCUGAACAAACGAGCCAAGGCACCGAAAGCAUCUUUGCUAGGACCGGGCGAUGCCAUAGGCUGUGGAGACUCGUAUCUUGUUGCCGAUCUACUACCCACUGAAAUAGCAGACACUGCUUUUGAGAAGCUCAAGGCAGAAGUGAAAUGGGAGACAAUGGCUCAUAGAGGGGGUGAGGUUCCUAGACUGGUGGCCAUGGAAGGUGAAAUUGCCGAAGAUGGGAGUUAUCCGGUGUAUCGAUUUCCUUCGGACGGGCACCCACCAAUGUUACCAUUUUCUCCAACAGUUGCUCUUAUCCGUGAACAUGUUCAAAAGGUGCUUAAACACCCUGUGAAUCACGUCCUUAUUCAGUUCUAUCGCAAUGGAAAGGAUGCUAUAUCCGACCACUCUGAUAAGACUAUUGACGUUGUUCGCGGGUCUAGCAUCGUCAACGUCUCACUCGGUGCCCAGCGUACUAUGACACUUCGAUUGAAGAAAGAUAAAGCCGACGUGGAUGACCCAGUCCAGCACCAGUUAGAUUCAACACCUGAUGAUGCUCCACGUCAAUCCGUCUCCACUUUCGGUGUACCACGAGUGACACAGCGUAUCCCACUGCCUCACAAUUCUAUGUUUGUCAUGAGUUUAGAGACCAACGCCAAAUGGCUGCAUGGGAUAAACCCUGACAAUCGUCCACUACAUAUCAAGUCUCUCGAAGAGCGUGCCGAAGACGGUGCUCGAAUCAGCCUCACAUUUCGCCAUAUCGCUACGUUUAUAUCCAAAGACCAAUCGCUUAUCUGGGGCCAAGGAGCGACAGGGAAAACGAAGGAUCAAGCGAAAAAAGUUGUAUAUAAGAGUGAAGAAGCAAAAAAAUUGCUGAUGGAAUUUGGCAAUGAAAACCAAAGAAACGAUUUCAAAUGGGAUGCUGCUUAUGGAAAGGGGUUCGAUCUUUUGGACCUCUUAGAUAGAAAUGCUGCCUAG